GGAGGAGGAAGAAGAAGUUGUGUGUGUUUACUGGUGCUAGCUUGACUUUGGAGCAACACAAGUGGGAAUUUGGGGAAUUUGUUGACUUCGUUUCAAACCACCGUGGGAGUUGUUGUUGUCACGGUUAUUUUUACGGUAACACCCCCUCUGUCAUGUCUUCUUCGUGCCCGUUAUGGCGGGAUGACAUUAGACAGAAACUCUGUGUAGAACUCUGGUUUAUCUAGAAAUUUCCUUCGCUGCUUCCUCACUUUACUACAGACAACAGUCCCGCUGUCAGAGACUGGAUGGCUUUCUGUUGGCUGUUGAUCCACAUCCUCCUCUUCAGCUGCUGCUCAGCUCACAAUGACUUCUUCACCUCCAUCGGUCAGAUGACUGACCUGCUGUUCACAGAGAAGGACCUGGUCACCUCGCUGAAGGACUACAUCCGAGCAGAGGAGACCAAACUGGAGCAGAUUAAAAAAUGGGCGGACAAACUGGACGUCCUCUCUGCAGCAGCCACCCAGGACCCCGAGGGUUUCCUGGGACACCCGGUGAACGCCUUCAAACUGAUGAAGAGGCUGAACACAGAGUGGGGGGAGCUGGAGAGCCUGGUGCUCACUGACACGGCUGAUGUGUUCAUCUCUAACCUCACCAUCCAGAGGCAGUACUUCCCCAACGAUGACGACCAGAUUGGAGCCGCCAAAGCACUGAUGAGGCUGCUGGACACCUAUCAGCUGGACACCAACACCAUCUCCACCGGGCAGCUGCCAGGCACGUCCUCGGUGGCCUCACACCGGACCACUCUGACUGUGGACGACUGCUACGACCUCGGGAAGGUGGCAUACUCGGAGGCGGACUACUACCACACGGAGCUGUGGAUGGUUCAGGCCCUGAAGCAGCUGGACGGGGGAGAGGCGUCUGACACCGUGGAUGCCGUUGCCAUCCUGGACUACCUGAGCUACUCCGUCUACCAGCAGGGGGAGCUGGAGGGAGCGCUGACCUACACCCAGAGGCUGCUGGAGCUCGACCCGACGCACCAGCGAGCCAACGGGAACCUGAAGUACUUUGAGUAUCAGCUGGCCAAACAGAAGAAGGUGGAGGGGACUGAGAAUGAGAGUGAGGUCAGGCAGAGGAGGGAGACCCGGGGUCAAUCUGCCGAUUACCUGCCAGAGAGGAAGAAGUACGAACAGCUGUGUCGCGGCGAGGGCAUCAGGAUGAACCCUCGCAGGCAGAGCCGCCUCUUCUGCCGUUACUAUGACAACAACCGCCACCCGAAAUACGUGAUUGGUCCGGUGAAGCAGGAGGAUGAGUGGGACCGCCCCCGCAUAGUCCGAUACCACGACAUCGUGUCGGACGCUGAGAUGGAGAAGGUGAAGGAGCUGGCUAAACCCCGGCUCAGACGUGCCACAGUUCACGACCCUCAGACAGGCAAACUGACCACGGCCCACUACAGAGUCUCCAAGAGCGCUUGGCUCGGAGCGUUUGAACAUCCGGUGGUGGACAGGAUCAACCAGAGGAUCGAGGACAUCACUGGCCUGGACGUCACCACAGCAGAGGAGCUGCAGGUGGCGAACUAUGGUGUUGGAGGACAGUACGAGCCGCACUUCGACUUUGGACGGAAAGAUGAACCAGAUGCUUUUGAAGAGCUCGGGACAGGAAACAGAAUCGCCACCUGGCUGCUCUACAUGAGUGAUGUACAGGCAGGGGGCGCCACAGUCUUCACGGAAGUCGGAGCUGCUGUGUGGCCCAAAAAGGGGACGGCAGUGUUCUGGUAUAAUCUGUACCCCAGUGGAGAAGGAGACUUUCUGACCAGACACGCUGCCUGUCCUGUUCUGGUCGGAAACAAGUGGGUGUCCAAUAAAUGGAUCCAUGAACGAGGGCAGGAGUUCAGGAGGCGCUGUGGCCUCCGGGAGACUGACUGACAACCAGCCUCCUCCUCCUCCUCCUCCUCCUCCUCCUCCUCCUCCUUCCAACCCUUCAAGCUGCUGAGGCUGUGGCUACACAUGUGAUCUGAUUUAUUUUUAUCUGAAGAGUGAGUGUGUUCAGUGUGUGUGUGUGUUUGUGUGUGUGUUACAGUGUGUGUGCUCCAUCACCUUUUUUAAAACUCCAUAAUCACAAUCUAAUAUCAGGUUUACUGACAAAACACACGACUCGGACAGAUAUCAGUCUGAUGUCACUCAGUACACCCAGCCUCUCCCAAAAUGUUACCAUGGCGACUGCUGCAGUGUCGUCACAUAGCACCACUCCACUGUUUGACUUCCAGCUGCUUUUUUUUAACUCCCCACCUUAAAUAUUUUAUGUGUUUAUUCGCACUGUUAACGCCUUCUGUCUGAUGUGUUCAUGAACGUAAUUUAGGUCAAAACCACUCCAUCACAGGGCGCCAACUAGCUCGCCCCGUAGAGCCAGCGCCCCGUGUAUAAAGGCUGUGUCCUAGCUGCAGCAGCUGCUGGUUUGAUUCCAACUCCAGCCCUUUGCUGCACGUCACCCCCUCUCUCUCUGUCCCCAUCUCAUGCUACACUUUCUAAGACUUGCUGCUUUGCUAAAGGCAAAAAAGUCAAAAAAGAAAUCUUAAAAAAAAAAAAAAAAAAGAAACACUCCAUCACUUGCCUUUUUUUACUGAAGCAAAAGCAUCAACACCACUGUGCACAGAUUCUCUGUGGUGUGUUCAUUAAGUAAAUUAGAAUACAAACGUAUUAUCUUCUUGUCACACCAUCAUGAUCUCCUCCUCCCUCUCUGACUAGUUACACCCCUCUUUUCCACCAAUACAAUCUGUGUAUCUGUGUGUAUGUGUGUGUGUGUGUCUGUGUGUGUGUGUGCGUGGCUAUUUCAGCCUUGAGGUCAUUCACUGACAAACAACAGAUGACAUUUAAAGGAGACACGCUCUGUGACCGUGUACCCCUCCUCCUGCUCCUCGUGUUGUCUUUUAUGUGAACAGUCAAACACGUGCAGCUCUGCUGAAGGUCACACUUGAAUUUCACCCUUUAAUCUUUAAUUGUAACAGUUGUCACAUGAGGGCAGAUGUUUUUAAACCUGCUGUGUGAAACACAUACAAACAGCAGCAUCAAUCACGAAACGGAAAAAUUGCAAAUAUAGUUGUGAUGCUGCCACGGAGUAAAUUAUUAAAAGCGUUUCCCACAGAAUUAGAAUCUGUUAUGGCGCUGAUUGCCGACGAUCAGCUGUUGCUGCCGUUUGAAGCAGUGCCUCCCUGAGCCGCUGUCUUCGUGCUCUCUCUGCGUGGUUAGCACAAGCUAACAUGGUAAACAUGUUCUCAUAACUACUCGUCAUAUUUUGCUCUGCAGCAGCGGUUAACAUCCAACACCAAGCAAUCUCACACCAACACCAGAAUCGUUUGAUUUUGUUGUUUAACCUGUAAAUAACCAUUGGUUAACGCUAGCAUUGUGAUGCUAACAGUUAGCCAGGUCACUGUGUCUGUGUCACAGAGCUCCAGUCCUGCAGCAGUAGUGUCAUGAGUCUCACAGAGAGACGGAGGGGCUGAGCGAAUCAUUAUGCUUACGUAUUUUUUUUAAUAAUCUGAAUCUGUAAAGUAACAAAAGCAGUUACAUAAAUGGAGGCAAGUAAAAAGUACAAUAUUUACCAUUGAGAUGUAGCAGAGUAGACGUAUAAAGUGAAAUACAUGAAAUAUGUACAUCAGCAUAGGCAUAAAGUACAGUGCUAGAGUAAAUAAAUGUACUCAGUUACAUCCCACCAUUAGAAAACAUAAAGUGGAAUAAAUGGGAAUCAUCAUCAUCAAUAUAAAUUCAAAUCUCACCUGGUCAUGUACAGCUAAAGAAUAAUGUGAAUAAAUUGAAAUAGAUCUUUAAUAUGAGGCUUCACAUUUCCUCUUGAAGACCUCAGCAUACAUGUGUACGUGAGUGUUGUUUUAACACAGCAGGCUUUUAAAAACGUCUCCUUUAAAUGUCCAGCUGUCCUUCAUGACCUGACCUCAGAUCUGUUUCACUGCUGCAGAAAUCCUGUCCGCCUAAUACACAAACUACUAUUAUUAAUACUAUUAUUUUAUGCAAAGAAAUGUGAGGUGCACUCCUGUUUAUGUGUGACAGAUGAUUUUGUUACAAGAACAAAUGUAAAGAAUGUAAUGGAGUUGCUGUGUGAGAUGCAAAAUAUGUUUCUAAUCAAUGAAUAAAUAUAAAGAACUGCU